AUGCCGGAGACUAUGGAGAUCAGCGAUGCAGCAAAGUCGGGUGAUGGCACCACUCAGAACGUUGGGAUCAAGGUUGGUGCCAGCUUUCAGUGCGCGGAAUGCCGCCAGAAGUUCGACUCCGAUAAGGCCAAGCAGUUGCACUGGAAGUUCAUCCACGACCCAAACCGACACCAAGAGGAUUAA